GUUCCUACCUGUGUUGUGAGGCGUGUUUUCCCCCCUUGGCUUGCUUUGCCGCGCCUUUCGUAUCCAACCAUUCGCUCGUCUCGGCUUUUGCUUGGUUUGACCGCAACAACAACAACAUCACAUCAUCCCAGCUUUGUUGUGGUUGGCUGUUGUGGUUGGCUGUGUUGUUUGUUGUCUUCACGCACGCGUUCUUCGUGUGUGUGUGUGUGUGUGUGAAGGUGACUCUUUGUGCGUCGCACACGCUCUCUCCCUCUCUCUCCAGCACAAGUAGACGCAAAGCAGACGCGCAGGCAUGGACCGCCAUCGCAGCCGCUCCGUGUCGUUCUUCCGCAAUGGCUUCCUGAACACCAGGCGCAGCUCCCUGCGCAACAAGCACUCGUCCUCGUCGUCCAUCACAGAAGUGAACGAGAGCAGCUACGACACCCACGACGGCGACACCUUUGACGGCGACAGCUCCAGGGCAACGCCAACGACGCCCUCAACCCCAAACGGCACGGCUGGGUCCGCCUCCUUGCCUGCUUCCGCUGUCAAGCAGCGCCCAUCCUCCGCCAGCAACCUGUCGCGUCGCCGGUCUUCCUCCCUCUCCCGCGCACGCCUGCGCUCCGACAACAGCGAUGACGGUGGUGGCCGCCGCGCCAUGUCCAAGAACACGUCUGGCUCCAGCCUGCUCAACGAGGCCAGCACCACGCCGCUGCGCCGCUCCUCUUCCUUCCGCCAGCGCCGCACGUCCGUGGACCGCACGCCCACGUGGUCGGACCGCGUCGAGCGCCUCCACAACCCGCCCAAGCAGGAAAAACACCAGGGCGAGCAGGUGACGAUUGGAGACCGCGUCGUGGUGAAUGGCACGUGGCCGGGCGUGCUUCGCUUCCUCGGCUCCGUCCAGUUUUCGCACGGCAUCUGGGCAGGCAUUGAACUCGACGAGCCAGUUGGGCAACACGAUGGCAAGAUGCAGGGCCGCCGGUACUUUGACUGCCCCCGCAACUGCGGUGUGUUUGUGAAGAAACAUCAGAUCACACGCGAGCUGCACGUAGAAGGGCAGGCCAUCCCCGCAUAUGUGGAGAGCCUGCAGGAGCGACACAAGGAGACGGAGGACAAACUCAAGGCUACGGAGAAUGAGUUGGAGCAGACGAAGCUGAUUCUGGCGAGCGUCAAGGACAGUUUUGUGCAGGAACUUGCCGCUGCACAGCGCACUGCCGAGGAAGCAAAGGCGAAGAUGCAGGAGAUGGAGCAGCAAGUUACCGAAAUGACGCGCGAAUACAACGCGAAGGACGUCGAGGUGUCAAACUGCAAAAGCGAGAUCUCGCGACUGCAAGCGGAGGCGGCGUCGGUUGUCGAGACGAACCAGCAGCAGACCCGCGACAUCACCCGCUUGCAGGACGAGCUGCAGGCUGCGCGCACAGAGAUGACCAAGCUCAAGGCAUCACUGCAGCGCAAUGUGGAUGAGGGCAAGAGCAGCGAGAUGGCGUCACAACAGCGCAUCAAGGAUUUGGAGCGAAACGUUUCAGAAUGGAAGGAGCGCAGCGAAAACACGCGCCUGGAGCUCCAAUCCACCAAGCUGUCCUUGGAGCACACGGAGUACCGCGUGCAGCAGCUGGAGACGGAGAACAAGCAAGUCGUCGCACAGCUCACAGACGCACAGCAACAGCUUGACGAUGCACGCAAGCACAACGAAGCAAACUCCCAGCAGCAGCAGCAACAGCGGCAGCACCAGUCGACGGCCGAGCAGCUGAAGCGGGAGGCCGCAGAGGCAAAGGCAGCGGUGUCGCGCCUCGAGUCACGACUCGCAACCACGCUCACCAUGAAGGACCAGCUCGAGGAGGAGCUGAUGAAGUCAUCCUUGCAAGUGAGCUCGUUGAAGAAACAGCUGCUCAGCAAAGAUACCGACCUCGAGGAAACACACGCAAAGUGCAGUGCUCUCGAGCGCAAAGUGUCCCGGCUGGAAUCUGAGGCCGCAGCAAACACGGGCACGGACGUUGCCUCAUUUGAAAAGUUGACGUCGCUGACAUCGGAACGCGACCGUCUGCGCCGGCAGCUUGUCGAGAUGGAGACGGACAACGCGGACCUCAAGGGCCAGAUGGCACGUGUCUCAAAACUCCUCCAGGACGCCGGUGUGCAGAGUCCGUUUGAGGUUGGCGCGACCAUCGCCGCCCUGCGUGAGAGGAGCAGCGAGCUGGAGAAGCAGCUGGAGAAAUUGUCCGCCACGGCCUCGUCGUCGUCGUCACUGGCCGCUGCUGAGGAUGUGCACACGGGCGAAUUCACAGUCAAGAUCCAGGCGCUGGAGCAACACGUGCAGCUGCUGAAGAAACAGAAUGAGGAGCUGCGACAGGCGCGCCACGAUGCAACAUCCAGCAACACGCGUGCACUCCAGGCUGCAAAGGCCGCAGCGAGCGACGCGCAAGAAAAGCUUCACGCCCUGCAGAUGCAAUACGACAGCGCCCAGCGUGAGCUUCGGGCUGCCAUGGCAGAACGCGAUGCAACAGUUGCGGAUAUGAAGCGAACGCUCGAGAAGGAGCGCGCUGAACACAAACGCGCACUCGACGGCCAUAAGGACAGUGGCGACGCAGCCAAGCUGCGCGUGCUUGAGGCGGAGGUGUCGUCGCUGCGCACCCAGCACGAAAUGGCCAAGGCGAACCUCGACCGCGCCCACCGCGAUCUUAAGACCGCACAGGAGGAGCACGCGCGUGCACUCGAUGAGGAGCGCAAGAGAACGGCUGCAGUGCAAUCACAACUGGACGCCCUGCUUGCAUCACGGGACGCCGAUGGCAAACACAACAGCAGCAGCAGCAGCAGUGGCGACGGAGAAAUGCGUGACGCGGAGGCGACGGCAACAGCUGAUGCCCUUCGCCUGGAGGUGCAGCAUCUGCGCACAACUGCAGAGGAAACAGAGGCAAGACUGCAGGCGGACCUCACACGUGCACGUGCGGACGUUCAACAAGAGCGGGAUGAGGUGUCACGCUUGACAGCUGAGGUGCAAACGCUGCAGACGAAACUGCAGCAGGCAGACGACGCGCGCACAGCCGCCGAGCAGCGCGAACGGGAGCACAACGCCAAGCUGGCCACCACCGCCACUGCCACUACAACAGCACCGACAGCAGCGCCGGCGACAAGUGCCGCUGAUGAGGCGGAACUGAAGCGCCUGCGUACAGAGCUGGACAGCGCAACACGUGCUGUUGAGAGCAGCAAGGCAGAGACAGCGCGGCUGCGGCUGCAAGUCGAGGCACUCACGCGCGACAAGGCGGCAUGGGCCAGCAAGGAGGCGAGCCUGCAGGCAAAGGUGGGGCAGCUCGAGCAGAGCUCGUCACGCCUGCAACGCGACUUGCAAGCACGUGACGCCAGCGUGCGGGAGCUGGAGCAGCGUGUCAAGUCACUCACAGCACAGCUGCAACAGUCGCGCACAGCAGCAGCAGCAACAGCAACGGCAGCACGGCGAAGCAGCCUCUCUGCCACGACGUCAUCUGACGUGGGCGCCCGCAGCGCUGCAGUGGCGGAGAUGGAAACGGCGCUGGCGGCCAUGAAGCGCGAGAAACUCUCGCUUGAGGAGAAGGUCGCCAAGCUGGAGAGCCAGGUGAAGGAACAAUCUGAGGACCUUGAGGAUCUUGAGGAGAUGCUGGCUGGGGAGCGGCAGGCGGCGGCGCGCCUGAAGCAGCAGCUCGCCGGCCAAACAUCCGCGUGACGAGCAAACUUGGGAUGAAGUCACACAAGGCACUGUGUUGUGUUGUGUGUGUGUGUGUGUGCUUGCGAGGUUGUGACUGCUGUGAGCAUUCAUCAAUAUUCGUUGGCUGUUGGAGUGCACGUGUCUUUUGUGUCCAUCGUCCAUUGCGUCUUGCGUAUUGCGUUUGCACUCGACAUUGUGAUGUUGUGCUUUUGGGUGCUGUGUGUGCUUCUUGACCUGACCCUUCUGCUGCCUGUGUAUGUGUGGGAUAUGGCUGGUUUGAUUGAUGCAUUUUAUGCCUGUAUUGCCUGCUUGUGUAUGUUAACAUCUUCCCCUUCUCUGUGCCCCAUAGAUUAAAUGACUCGCGUGGAA